UGAUUUGUUUGUAAAGCACCAUAAUCACGAAAAAUACAAGAAAAAUUAUGGACCCAACGCCCCCAACACCCCGCAACACCUAUAUACCCAACCAACACAUACUUCGUUUGACCAGCAUCCAGCGCAACUUUCAAUGUUGCAUAGCCAAGGAAUACUACAGUGAAUAUGCCAACUUGGUGGAAUCGCUGCACAUAACGCCACGUGUCAUUAUUCAAAAAAAGCGUCUCAAGAUUAACUAUACCUAUGGCAUGACGCUAAAUAUUCGAAACAGUGGAUUGUACCCUCGCAUGGUGCAACUGAGCACCGACAGUCCGACGGACACUUUUAUUUCAAUACCCGAAAUAGACCUGAAUCACUAUCUGGAAACCGAUCAGAACAUGGAGGCGAAAAUCUGGAUACGUUCCUCUACCAAGCGGGAGAUCAACAGGCGCCGCCAUAUCAUUGUGGAGUGCUUUCAUCCGAACAUCAUCUUUCAAGUGCCCAUUAUUGUACUGGCCAAGGAUAAAAUUCCAACGGCCAGUGAAUCGGUAGUGUUUCCCAGCUGUGUGCCCGGUAACAAGACCUAUUUCGAAUUGAUCGCCUACAAUCCCACCAAGGAUAGUGUGCGCCUUCGCUACAGCAACACCAAUCGCGGGUUAGAGAUCAGCACGGGUAACAAGGAACUGGUGCCGCCACAGGACUAUCUCAGGGUUCUGCUGGCCAUUCAGCCGAGGAAGCUGCAAGUGUACAAUGGCUUCUUCAACUUGAAGUUUGGAAUGAUGCCCCCUAAGCCGGUCUUGUUUACCUUUACACCCAAGUCCAUGUCCGUGCAUUUGAGCCUUGGUCUUCUUGCCUUUCCCGUGACCAAGUUUGGACGCGAGGUGUGGCGUUCAGUGACGGUGUGCAACGAGGGCUUGGAAGAAGUGAUCGUUACUGGGCAGCUCUAUAAGGACCCCAACCCCGAUGCUCAGAGCAAAAGCCAGGAUUCGAGCCAGGAUGAUGACAUUUCAGAGAAACUGAUUAGUGAAGCGGUCAGUAUGCGCAGUGUCCUCAUCUACGACUUUGAGGACGAAGCUACUGUUCAGGAAGUGACCUACGAUCCCAAGGCAAGCCAUCACUUUGAGUUUAUUCUACCAAAUCGCAUCGUUGGCAAUUCCUCCGCCGAAAUUAAGGUGUGCUUCCGACCCGUCUACGAAGUCCAUCGCCUCUUUCCCGAAGAUUUGGAGCCGCCGUACAUGCAAAGAACGCGAGCAACCUUUUGCUUUGCCAACGACCAGGACUGCAUCGAGUCGUACAUUGCAGUGCUCACGGGUCAGAUUGGUGGCAUCGAACUGGAGGUUCAUCCAAAGGUGAUUGACUUCCGGAAGAUCUAUUUGGGCGAGGAGCACUGUGCCCAGAUCAAGUUCCUCAACGUUGACUCCGUUUCCGCUAGAGUGAAUUAUGUGGACUGUUCAAAGCCAGAGGUGGCAGGGAUUCGCAUAACGCCCGUUGAGGGUUUCCUUCUGGAACCCUGCACCCGUGGCGUCUUUAGCCUGUCCUUUUACUAUCUGGAACCAUCUCGCUUCUCGCUAAUGCUGCGCUUUAAGGUGGGGAAUGGUUCCCGCUAUGAAGUGGAAAUAAGAGGCACGGGACAGCCAGUGCAGCUGCGAACCUUCCCCGGUCUGGUGGAGUUUGGAAGCAUUCCCAUUGCUGUUCCCCAAAAGCGUUACAUGCUCCUGUUGAAUCCCCUUGCCGUGCCGAUAACUCUGCAAAUUAAACCCUCUGAGGAUGGGGCCGAGACACCGCUGGUCCUCAAUAUACGUGACUCCACCGAGUUGCUGCCCAUCACGGUGCGCGAUCCCAUAAAGCAUUUGCAGCAAGUUCACGAGGAGUUGGUUCAGCCUGUAACACUCGGAACGGUUCAGCUAACGGAAGAGGAACCGGAGGCUAUGUCAAUGAAGUCUGUCGAGUCAAAUCUAUCCGUAUACAGCCAGGAGUUUGAGGAGGAAGUGUUGGAACCCAUACCCGUCAUGGCCGCUCAACUUUUGACCAGUCUAAAGAAGAAAAAGAUCUUUGACAAGUCCGAGUCGGAUCGCCGGAUUAUUCAGGAGGCAUUGUUGGGUCUGCUCCACACCAAAUACUUCUCCGUCUUUACCAAGCACAGCAACUUUGUGUUUAUGGACUGGAACGCUUUGCCCAGUGAUCCGCGUGAGGUUUAUUGCGACAACGAAAUCAUUUACCUUCGUCCGAACACCGGACGCACCAUUACGAUCCUUGUGGUACCCAAUAGGCCCGGCUAUUACCAUCGAUCCCUGUCGGUAAGGAUAUGUCCCGCUCUUCCGUCCUCUAACACGGACUCGAGCGAUGAUCUACCGGCCAUGAGGACCCUUAUCAAGUCGGAGUUCCUGUGCUCCAAGCUUUGGUUCGAGUAUAAUUGUGUUGUUCCGGAUAUUGAGUGGUACCAAAUAGUAGAUCUCAUGGAUCGUACCAUCUAUGCUGGGGAGGAGUAUGAGUUUGAUAUGGAGUUUAAGAAUCGCUCCAUAAUUGGUGCCUUUAUUCACUACGAAGUGGUUCCCAAUGAUAUGUCUUUCCGUGAUGGUAUUUGGAAAUUCUACAUUGAUUCUGGAGCCUCAAUCUUUGCCAAAUGUGCUGUGACCUUUCGAUCGCUGGGCAGCACCCGACUGAUGGGUCUGAUUAAGGUUGUGGGCGCCAAUCGACCGUUUUCCUUCCAUUUGGUGGCCAACGUGUUGCCCACAGAGAUCCGGAUCACGCCAAUGUCCAUCAACAAGCGGCUGCAGGUCUUCGAAGAGCACCAGCAGCACUUUUACAUAGACAAUUUCACGCCCACACAUACCAUGCUGAGCAUAAGAUUGAAAGAUUCCGAGUACCAAUAUCUGACAUCAAGAGGCGGAGCCUUGUCCCCCAGCGGCCAGAGCAUGUACACCACUUUGGUGUCGAUGUUCACCGAUCCGGAUAUCUACCAGAAUACCUUGUUUAUUGAUCUGCAAUUCGAUAAUGUGAUCAUGGUGCCCAUUAUAUUCCGAGUGGAGGGAGUGCCACUGUACUUUGAGCCCAACAUACGUGAGGGAUUCGAUGCCGGUAUGCUGUACACGGACACCAGGGAGCAGUUCCAGGAUGGCAUCUUCUCGCAUCGCUUUCCCGUGAGAGUGAUCAAUAAGGGACAUCGCACCUAUCGCAUCCUAAUCAUUCGGCUGAAUUCCAUUGGCCCUGGAAACGAGCGUGAUGGCGGACCCUGCACCACUCACGGCUUGACUGCACGCUUCGAUAUGGAACCAAAGAGCAUGUACUUGGAUCCCAACAGUGAGUGCCAGUUGAACAUUAUGGCUAGCUCCUAUGUGGAGGGUCAUGCCACCGGGGACUUUUUGGUGCAGGUUGUCGAUCAAAAGUAUCCCACGAGUAAGCACAUCAUAAGAGUCAGUGUUCAGGCCGAUUUUGUAGAGUGUCAGCUGCUCUGGAGUCCCAAGCAAUUAAAUUUCAACUACAAACGCUGCGAACCUCUAAAGGAGCGUUCGUAUGAGGAAAUUCCAAUUCUUUUCAAUCCCUGUACCAUGCCCCUUGACUCGGUAAGGCUACAGGUGUCGGGUCCCUUUAGGAUUAAAGAGUUCUACGAGGACACCUACGAAAAGGAACUGGUAAUUCGUGUGGUUGGUGGCGAGCGAAAGGAAAUCUUUGUGAUCUUGAACAGGGCAGCUACAAAGAAUCUCUCCUGUCGCCACAUUGAGGGUAAAAUUAGCGUAAUGACACGAGGCUUAGAACUUAAGGGUCUGCCUCUGCGUUUAACCAUUAAGGUGCCGGAAGUCGUAAUCCUUCAGCCGGAUCUGGUCCUUUUCGAUCGCGGCAAGCCCUACGAGAGUACGAUAAAUCUACUUAACCAAGGAUGUGCUCCGGCCGAGUUCAAGUGGAAGCGUCUGGCCACCAGGGAGGUAUAUAUUGGCCGUGAGGAUGAUCCAGCUGGUAUUGCCAGCGACAUCCUGUCGGAGAUUCUGCGCAUGCUUGAGUACAAUUUCAGCUGUGCCGACGAGCCCAAUAUGACGAAGAGGUACCAGGAGUGCCGAUGUCAAUUCAAGCGCUUCCUGGAGGAUGGCGAUAUGAUUCUGGAAAUCAUAGAUGAGGUCAUCAACGAGCUGGACCUAAGCCAUCGCCCGUUGCUCUAUGAGCCAAAGGCUGAGCAGAUCGAUCGCGACUUGGACAGAGACCAGAGCACCACAAGUUUGGUGCGGGAAACAUUGGAUGACAUCCUCGCCAGACUUCACUUCGAUUCGAGUGAAGAGUGGUCGGAACCUUCCACAGAGUAUUGCUUUUCCAGUCGCUACAUCUACUUCCUUGAGAAGCGGGGCACCGUUGAGGUUGUGGACAUUCAGCCCGGCGAUCUGCAAUGUAAACUCCACCUGCCCCACAUCCGUCGAAAUAUCGAGAUGCAAGCCUUCUUUGAGCUGGCCAUUGUGGGUGGACGAAGUCAGUUCCUGACCGUCACGCUGGUCAAUCUUCCGCAGAAGAUUAGGUUUCACAAGGACAGUGUGUACAUGGGAAUUAAGCCCUGGUACGAGUCCUUUGAGACUGUGGUGCGUGUUGCCAAUGUAACCAACUAUCCCCUUAAGCUGGUCCUUGUGGAAAUUAAGCCCAGGCCAGAAAAGUAUCUUCAGCAGUUGCCGUCGCUUCCGGAGAAGCGUCUGGUUGAGGGUUACUGCAAGUUAAUGACCAGCGAUUUGAUGCACCUAGAACCCCUGGCCACGGAUCAGAUCCGGGUAAAAGGGAUCUUGGGCUUCAGCGAGAGCUUCCGGCACACAUUUGGGGCCAUGAUUAAUAACAGUGACUCCAGCGAGUUCUGUUUGCGGGGACAGGGUGUGAUGCCCAUGCUGGACAUGACCUCACCACUUCCCACUGUUCCAAUGGAUCCCGCUGAGCUGGAGGAGGAGUACCGCCUGCUGCAGCGCAUCUACCACUACGAGAUCUUCCGCAGCAUUACCGAGGUGGAGGAGGAGCUUGUGCCUGCUCAGAUGGGUGAGGAGGAGGGCUGGCAGCUGGAGGAUAUGCCCACACCCAUCUCCGAGGACUUUAGCCAGCUGUCGUUCAGUGAGGAGAACAUGCCAUCGGAGCGGCAGGCGCGGCACGAUCUGCAGCUCUUCCGCAUGGUGCAAACAUAUGUGAUUGUGAACAAUAACCAGGAGCUGCCCCAUGCCACGGUCCUGCGACAGCUGCUCCUGGCCGAGCGAUAUCUGCAGCGCCUAAGGACGAGGCCAGAGCUUUAUGCCCUCCACCAGCAGGUGUACCAGAGUCACCUGAAGCUGCACAAGUCCCCCGGCUACAAGCAGCCGUCGCUGGUCAAGCACUUCACCGUCCAGCCCAUUCCCUGCGAGCAGCAUGGCUUCAUCUUGGAACUGGGAGCCCUGGCUCGGAACUCGGUGCGCCGCUUCGAGCUCAAGCUCCACUUUUUUGGUCCUGGAAAACUCAUCGCUGCCGCAAGGACGACGGUUAGGAUUCCGGGUCUAUUUGUGGACUUUAAGGUGCCAGCCUUAAGUGAACAUGCCCAUAAAAAGUUCUCCUUUUGGUCUGAAAAGUGCAAGUCCCUGGAGUACUUCAAGGACAAAUACAGGAAUAUGUUCGAGCGCCUAAUGGAUGCGGAGCAGGAUCCCAAACUGAAGCAUGCCCACUCCUUCGAUCUGGACAAAAUGGUGAAGCACAAGCGGGAUCUGACGCCCAAGGAUCGUCGCCUGAUCGAGGAAUACUACAACAGUUUGAAUCCCUCCGUUUAUCCAGACCACAAGCAUCACUUCACCCUGGCCAAGAUCUUCUCCGGCUCCAUGUCCAACUACUCGGGAGUGGAUUUGUCCAUCGUUGGUUUCUUUAAGCCCGAGUCCAAGUUCUAUGAGAAGAAUCAACUGGUGGAGGAUUACAUAUUCAUCGAUCUGCACAUGGGUCCAACGCUGCCCAUCCUGCUGAGAGGACUCGUUGCAUCCUAAAGGAAGUCUUUUUUAAAUUGUUUUUUCGAGCUGGUUUAUUGUGUGGCUUUGUGAUCUUAAGUAGUAGUAGUAAUUAGUAAUAAAGCUUCCUCAGCAGUA